AUGACCAUCAUGCUAGUGAAAGACGCCGUAGCCGCAAUUGUCGCCGCCGCACUGGAGCAGGCCAACCGCGACGGGGUGAUCAAUGUCGACGCCGCGCCUGACAUCGAGAUCGAGCGGCCGAAUAACCCGGAGCACGGGGAUUUCGCCACCAACCUGCCGUUGCGCCUGGCGCGAGCGGCACGAGCGAACCCGAUGCAAUUGGCGCAACUGAUCGCGGAACGCAUCCAACCUGGUUCCGAAAUCGGCAGCCUGGAACCGGCGCCCCCCGGUUUCAUCAACUUCAAGCUGAGCGACGAAUGGCUUCAGCAGCAGGUUGAGGCGGUUCUCGCUGCGGGCGACGGGUUCGGCGCGGCGGAUGUGGGCAACGGACGCAAGGUGAUGGUCGAGUUCGUGAGCGUCAACCCAACGGGUCCGGUCCAUGUGGGGCACACUCGGGGAGCGGUGCUGGGCAGCGCCCUGGCCAACACGAUGCAGGCGGCCGGGUACGAGGUCACUCGGGAGUAUUACAUCAACGACGCCGGUUCCCAAAUGGAGGCGUUUUACCGCUCGGUGUGGACCCGUUACCAGCAGGCCCUGGGCCGGGAAGCCCAGAUGCCGGAGAACGGCUACCAGGGCGAUUACAUUGCCGAAAUUGCCGCGGAAAUCAUCGAGGCCGAGGGCCCGGGCUUGUUGGAAAUGCCGGAGCCGGCCUCCAUUCGCCGGAUCGGAGACAUUGCGCGGGAGAAGAUGGUUACCGUGAUCCGGGAUGACCUGGACGCCAUCGGAGUGAAUUUCGACAACUGGUUCAGCGAGCGCUGGCUCUUCCAGAACGACGACGCUCCCGCCAGCGACUAUGACCGGGCGAUAUCCAUGCUGCGCGACGGCGGUCACCUCGCGGAGCGGAGCGGGGCUCUCUGGUUCAAUUCAAUCGCCCUGGGUGAUGACCGGGACAAUGUGGUGGUGCGUUCCUCGGGUGAGCCCACGUAUUUCGCGUCGGACAUCGCCUACCACUACAACAAGUUCAGCGGGCGGGGGUUUGACCGGGUAAUCGACAUCUGGGGGGCGGACCACCAGGGCCAUGUGCCCCGGAUGAAAGCCGCGGUUUCAGCGCUGGGAGUGGAACCCGAAAACCUGACCGUGCUUAUAUCCCAGAUGGUCACGCUGAAACGCGGGGACGAAACGGUGCGGGCGUCAAAAAGGACCGGCGAUUUCGUCACGCUGCGAGAACUGGUUGACGAAGUGGGGAUGGACGCCUGCCGGUACUUUUUCCUGGCGCGCGCGGCGUCGACUCAAAUGGAAUUCGACCUGGAGUUGGCGACCCGCGAGUCGUCGGAAAACCCGGUGUACUACGUGCAAUACGCCCAUGCGAGGAACGCCAGCAUCCUGAGCCUCGCUGCCGAGCGUGGCAUCGAUUUUUCCGCCGGGGACGUUUCGCUGCUGACGCAUCCCAAUGAGCUCGCGCUGAUCCGCACCAUGCUCAGGCUGUCCGAGUUGAUCGUGCAGGUGGCGGAGAAUCUGGAACCACACCACCUGCCCCAUUACGCGAUGGAGUUGGCGACCGCGUUCCACCACUUUUACGAAAACUGCCGGGUGAUUUCGGCUAACCCGGAAGACAACGAGUUGACGCUGGCCCGACUAAAGUUGGUGGGGGCGGCGCAGGUGGUGUUCCGACGGACGCUGACCCUUAUGGGCAUGUCUGCGCCGGAACGGAUGGAACGUUAG